AUGGCCUCCCACCGAGUCACCUACCGCCGCCGUAACGGCUACAACACUCGCUCCAACCGGACCCGAGUCAUCAAGACUCCCGGCGGCGACAUCCGCCUUCUGCACAUCAAGAAGCGCGGCACUGCCCCCAAGUGCGGUGACUGCGGCGCCAAGCUCCCUGGUGUCCCCGCUCUCCGCCCCCGCGAGUACUCCCAGAUCUCCAAGCCCCAGAAGACCGUCCAGCGCGCCUACGGUGGUUCCCGAUGCGGUGGCUGCGUCCGUGACCGGAUUGUCCGCGCCUUCCUGAUUGAGGAGCAGAAGAUUGUCAAGAAGGUUAUGAAGGAGCAGGAGGCGAGCCAGAAGAAGAAAUAA